AUGACCAGAGCUGUAUGGCUCUCCCUGCUUCUGCUGACCCUUCCGGUGGCCCUGGAGGCUACAACAGACCCAGCCAAGAAUCAGGUGAAGGUGUUGAGGAAAUUGAAACCCAUCAAUUUCUCAAAUGCUAAUGUGAAACAGUGUCUGUGGUUUGCCGUGCAAGAUUACAACAAAGAAAGUGAGGACAAAUAUGUCUUCCAGGUGGUCAAGAUACUACAAGCCCAGCUGCAGGUCACAGAUCGUAUGGAAUACUUUAUUGAUGUGGAAAUUGCCCGAACUACUUGCAAAAAGCCUUUAAAUAACAAUGAAAACUGUGUCAUUCAAGAAAACUACAAGUUGGGGAAGAAAGUAAUUUGCAGCUUUUUGGUAGGAGCGCUUCCCUGGAAUGGUGACUUCACAGUGAUGAAGAGAAAAUGUGAGGAUGAGAAAAUGUGA